AUGCAGACACAGACUGAGAGAAUGUCCUUGGAAAGGACGGUCACAGACACCAGUGCGCACACAGGCAGCAAGAACAUGGGUUUUAGAGCUGGAGUGGGGUUGGGGAAUGUAGCGCGCAGAACGUUGGGCAUGGUGUUACUGGGAGUUACGGUGAUGUUAUGGACGAGUAGUAAUUUUCUUGCUAGUUAUAUAUUCGCCGACAACACCUACUCAAAACCAUAUUUCGUGACAUAUAUCAACACGUCGUUCUUUGCUGUAUCAUUGAUUCCUAUCUUUCUACGAACAUCGAGGGUGCAUGGGUGGUCGCAUGUGAAGGAUUCCGUUGUCGAUUAUUAUCACGAACAGAUCUCGGAAUACCGCUCCGGACUCCAGAAUCUCCGGAAAGGAUGGCGCGCCCGGGAGUCCAGCCUGGGAGACCAGGAAUACGAUUCUAUGAGCGCUUCUCACUCACGUCUCCUUAGCUCCACCAAUGACUUUGACACAGAUCUUACCCAACCACAAGAGCAAGAAAAGGAGGACAAACUGAGCGUUUCCGAAACCGCCAAACUUUCUCUCGAAUUCUCCCUGCUUUGGUUCAUAGCCAAUUACCUCGUAGCCGGCUGUCUCGAAUACACAUCCGUCGCCUCCUCCACGAUCCUUACCUCCACUUCUUCAAUCUUCACUCUCCUCUUCGGAGCCCUGGUUCGCGUCGAAUCCUUUACCAUGAGGAAACUUAUCGGGGUUUUGGCUUCUUUCGUAGGCAUCAUCCUCAUUUCCUCGGUUGAUCUAGGGAGUACGGACAAUGACUCCAACCGCGGAAACUUUCCCCAUAAAUCUCAAGCCCAAAUUGCUAUUGGCGAUAUAAUGGCUUUUGGAAGCGCGGUUAUGUAUGGGCUUUAUGCAGUGGUGAUGAAGAAACGCUGCGGUAAUGAAGAUCGUGUCGAUAUGCCCUUGUUCUUUGGACUUGUCGGCCUCUUCAACGUCAUAUUUCUAUGGCCCGGUUUCUUCAUUCUGCACUUCACCGGUGUGGAAAAAUUCGAGCUACCUCACACUGGCAAGAUCUGGCUCAUAGUUUUAUUGAAUUCCCUGAGUAGUUUCAUUAGCGAUUACUGCUGGGCGUAUGCAAUGCUAUUGACGACGCCGUUAGUGGUAACGGUAGGUCUGAGCAUGACGAUUCCGUUGAGUUUGGUGGGGCAGAUGUGGUUGAAUGAGCAGACGAGUACUGGAGUUUAUUGGGUAGGUGCGUUGGUUGUGGUGGGAAGUUUUGUGUUUGUUAACCAUGAGAGUAAGGAGGAAGAGAAGAGAGAAGCAGGGGACGAAAGAAUCAUACCUAUUGUCGUUGUUGUGGAUCAUGAUGCGGGAGCAAGCGAGGCCGUUUAA